CGCAACUCUACAAUUGCGGAUAGUAGCUUUCUACAGCAUUUUAAGCUCAAGAGGAAACCCAACCUCAUCUUCUUAGAGAAAACGCGUCAUGCCCCCCACAUCAGCAACAAAUUUGGGGUACACCCCUCCUGAUGGGGGCUGGGGGUGGGCCGUGGUUUUUGGGGCCUUUGUCUCCAUCGGCUUCUCCUACGCCUUUCCCAAGGCCCUCACCAUCUACUUCAAAGAGAUCCAGGAUUACUUCUCCAUAUCUUACAGUGAGAUCGCCUGGGUGUCCUCCAUUAUGCUGGCUACUAUGUAUGCAGGAGGGCCCAUAAGCAGCAUCCUGGUCAAUCGCUAUGGCAGCCGUCCUGUGGUCAUAGCUGGUGGGAUAAUGUGUGCAAUUGCCAUGGUAACUGCCUCUUUUGGCAAUACCAUUAUGCAUUUGUAUAUAUGCAUCGGAAUCAUUGGAGGUUUGGGGCUCUCCUUCAAUCUCCAGCCAUCCCUGACUAUAAUUGGAAAGUACUUCCAGGUCAGGAGGCCGAUAGCCAAUGGGCUGGCCAUGGCCGGAAGUCCAGUGUUCCUCUGCACCCUGGCGCCUCUCAAUCAGUUCCUGUUUGACAACUUUGGCUGGAGAGGUAGUUUCUUCAUCCUGGGGGGGAUGCUGUUGAACUGCUGCGUGGCGGGGGCUCUGAUGAGGCCCAUCGGGGGGCGUGUCGAAGGAAAGCAGGCCGCAAAGGAGAACGGAACCGCCAGCGAGCACAGCGCCGCUAACGGUGCCAGUGCUCCUGUCGGGGCAACGGGCAAGACAGGAUGCAUGGACAGAGUCAACAAAUUCAUCGACCUCUCGCUCUUCAAGCACAGGGGCUUCCUCAUCUACCUGGCUGGGAAUGUACUCAUGUUCUUCGGCUUCUUCGCCCCCGUUGUCUUCCUCGCCCCGUACGCCAAACACAUGGGCGUGGAUGAGUACUCGGCAGCCUUUCUGCUGUCCAUCCUGGCCAUGGUGGACAUGAUCGCCCGGCCUGGGACAGGGCUGGUCGCCAACACCAAGUGGAUCCGGCCCAAAAUCCAGUACUUCUUCAGCUUCUCUGUGGCCUACAAUGGUGUGUGCCACCUCCUCUGUCCCCUUGCCCCAGGAUAUGGAGGACUGGUCGCCUAUGCUGUGUUCUUCGGCAUUGCUUUUGGCAUGGUGUGUGCCCUGCUCUUCGAAUCCCUCAUGGACCUGGUUGGAGCACAGCGCUUCUCCAGUGCUGUUGGGCUUGUGACGAUUAUUGAAUGCUGUCCAGUGCUUCUGGGACCACCAAUUGGAGGUGCACUGGUGGACAUCUUCAAUGACUACAAAUACAUGUACUUCACGUGUGGAGCUGUGAUGCUAGCUGCUGGCAUAUUCCUCUUUGUCAUGAACUUCUACAACUACAGGAUGCUGGAGCGAGAGAAGAAAGAGCUGGAACGGAGUGUGGAGCUGUCUGCUGCCGAGCAGGUGACCAUGAGAGAGGGGGAGGAGACGGGUGACAGCCACGCCUAAACCCAGUCAUCGUAGACACCUGUCCACAGAGGGAAGCUUCCAUGGCAAUGUCCCAUUGGUUUGUGCACUCGUAUGACGACAACACCAGUUUUCAACAACUGUCCACCACCUUCUGGUCCAGUGAGAGUUCGGCCACCACUCUUCCUGUUGAAUUUGAUGCUCGGCCUUCUCUUUGUACCUGACAUGGAAGGACCUCUCAUUCGGUCAAAGGGUCAGAUUUCUUACUCUAGCUGUUACACAGUGUUUAUUAUUCUGUUCUAAAGGAUAUUUAAGAUGUCUGUGUAUAUCAGAAUACAUACUUGCUAAAGUAACAGUGGACAGAAGUCAAUCAAAUCAAUGAGAGAUUUUUUUAGGGUUUAAUUCCUAUUUUAGCUAUUUAAGAUCACAAGCACAUACAUGAUGGUUGUCGCUGUUCAACAGAGCAGACCCUUUGUGCCUAGUAUUGAAUUUGUAAACUUGAAUGUCAUUAACACUUUCAUUUAUUGGAACCAGAAGAAAAGACUACAGAUGAGAGUAUAGGCAAAAUGAAGUUGCUUACUCUGCAUUUUUUAGCUUUCAGUUGGUGAUGUAGCCAACAUCAUUCCUCCAUUGUAUUAUACAGGCGGAAAAGCAGUAAAUCUGGACUGUUACUACUAGCAUACCCUAGUGUUGCAGACUUUAUGAAGAUUUUUUUUAGUUGAUACUGUACUUUUCCUCUGGAAGAUAUUUUAAUACUGAAUUUUUGAACAUGUUUGUGUCCAUUUUGAAGGGCAAAUGAUGUGUAUCAAACUUAGCCGCUGAAGAAAAGGACAAUAUCAGUGACAUUGAGAAAUUUUUUGGAAAUUUUCUUAAGUAUUGUCAAACCAUGUACCUCUAUUUAAAGCAACUGUAGGGCAGACUGUUGUACAAUAAAUGGCAGCAACGAAUAACCUUCUUA